CCUUCCCCGGGUCCGGAGACAGGACUACGCGCGCUCCCGACACGGAGCGGGCAGCGGCCACGUAGCUGCACGGCACCGGGAGCGCGCACGGAGGGGGGUGAUCGGUGCUGUGACGUGAACGACGGAGGAGGAGGAAGCGACCGGGAGUCAUGGAGCAAGGAGCCGCCGGAGGGCGUUAAGAAUGUGCAAAAACCAAGCUUUUAUGGGCACAGUUGGAUUAACUGAUUGCUUAACAAGAAAACUUUGUUUCUAUGUGAACCUUCAACAUCCACAUUGCCCUCCACACUGAAAAGCACGUUCCUACAGACUUUCUCCAAAAAUCUUACAAAGAGUUUGAUUGUUCAAAAAUGUUGCGUCCUUCAAAUAUGCAACAAGAUCCAAUGGGGCAGGCAAACAACCCCUGCCAAAAACUUCUUGAUGGGCGCACUACAGAUGUUUCUGGGAUGAUGAUUGAAGAUCCAUGUCGUGGGACUCUUCCACCACCCUUUUAUCAUAGUGUAACUCAAGAGAUUGACCUUUCUAACAAGACUUUUAAAAGAGAGGCUGGAGGACCAUACUCUGUUCUAAUGGACCCAAAAAUAGUAAAGCCACAUCUCCUUGAGACUGAUCAACAGUCAUUCUUUAUGGACAACAAGCCAGUCAAUGAAGUUCGAGCAGUAAAAGGUGAGAGACAGAAUUCUGGAGAAUCAGAGGAGGAUGACGAUGACGACGAUGAAGACGAAGAUGAUGAUGAUGAUGAGGAAGAAGAAGAUGAGGAAGAAGUGAAUUACAAACGUGAACAGAUAAUUGUUGAGGUCAAUCUCAACAACCAAACCUUAAAUGUAUCCAAGGGUGACAAAGGGGUGCCUAUAAAGACCAGCAGCGAUGAUGAGGGUGGAGACUCUGGAGAGGAUGAUCAGGAUGACAGCCAUGAGGAUGAGGAGAACAACCCUGUCCCUACAGAUGGCCAGUCCAAUAUGCUACUUGAAAACCAGGACCAAAAAAUUGAGAACUCUGAAGAAGUGACCGGUGAUUGCUCAUCGCUAGCAAACAGCAUAAAUGAGCAGGGGAAGAGCGGUGAAGCUCCAAAAAAGAAGAAAAAAACUCCAAAGGAAUCAAAGUCCCUUGGUGACAAGAGCAAAGGGGAGGAGAAGGAGACACUUACUUGUGAUAAAUGUCCACGCGUAUUCAACACUCGUUGGUACCUAGAAAAGCAUAUGAAUGUUACACAUCGGCGCAUGCAGAUAUGUGACAAGUGUGGCAAGAAAUUUGUUCUUGAGAGUGAGUUAUCUCUUCAUCUGCAGACAGACUGUGAGAAGAACAUACAGGGAGAUGAGUUCUCACUUCUUAUGAGUUCUGGAUUUCAGUUGAGUGACAGCAGUAAAGAAGAUUUUGAUCACCGGCCUUUGUGUAUAACUUGCAACAAGACCUUUAAGAAGUUGUGGUCCCUUCACGAACACAUUAAAAUAGUUCAUGGCUAUGCAGAGAAGAAGUUCUCAUGUGAGAUUUGCGAGAAAAAGUUCUAUACAAUGGCACAUGUCCGGAAACACUUGGUUGCUCACACAAAAGACAUGCCGUUCACAUGUGAGACAUGUGGGAAGUCCUUCAAAAGGAGUAUGUCUCUGAAGGUUCACUCCCUGCAGCACUCAGGAGAGAAACCUUUCCGUUGUGAGAACUGUGAUGAGAGGUUCCAAUACAAAUACCAGUUGAGAUCACAUAUGAGUAUCCACAUCGGGCACAAGCAGUUUAUGUGCCAAUGGUGUGGAAAGGACUUCAACAUGAAGCAGUACUUUGAUGAACACAUGAAAACGCACACUGGAGAAAAACCCUUUAUCUGUGAAAUCUGUGGUAAGAGUUUCACCAGCCGCCCCAACAUGAAGCGCCAUCGCAGAACCCACACAGGAGAGAAACCUUACCCAUGUGAUGUGUGUGGAAUGCGCUUCCGUUUCUCAAAUAUGCUGAAGGCACACAAGGAGAAGUGCUUUCGGGUUACCAGUCCAGUUGGUGUUCCACCAGCCUUGCAGAUCACACUUACAAACCCCUCGGUGGGUGUUAACAGCCUUUCUGUAGGCCACCCUCCACCCACAAGUCCCACGCCACCACUUAAUCUUAAUGCCCUAAGCGCCCUACCACCACGUCCAAUUCCCCAUCCAUUUUCCCACCUGCACCUUCACCCUCACACUCAUCCACAUCAUCUGGCGGUUCCACCAGUUCCCCAUCUGCCACCACCGCCAGCUCUUUUCAAGAGUGAGGCACUCAACCACCGGGGACAAAAUGAUGACAGUUUCCUAAGGCAUCUGGCAGAGAAGACCAGCGCCAACCAGCACCAUUAAUGUUAGUGCCAGACUCCUCGGAGUGCCACCCUAACAGAGGGGGCCCCUGUUUAGGAUCCGAAAAGAGCUACAGAUACCCUACAACUAUACAACAUGCCCUAGUGACUGGCAGUGUGCAUUAAAGGGUCAAAAAGGGGCUAUUUGCACCAUUUUAUGGCAAAUGACAGUAGCAUAGAAAGCUGCCGCUUUAACAGGGUGGUAGACAUUAAUAUAAUGCAAGCAUUAUUUUAACCUAAGGUAACGUUCAGUCCGAUCCUACAGAUGGUGGCAGCAGCAGUGGUUUGGACAGAGGACUGCCCUAUAGCACUAAGUAAUUCCUAUGGCUGCUGCUCUCCUAUCCCUGUUUAUAACGAGUUAAGGAAGAACUGAACCUCCCGGAGGAGCAGGGUUUGUGUUCCCGGAUGGAUCACUUUAGGAUGUUUAUGGAAUGGUGGAGGAGAAACGUUUUCCUCAUGCUGUAUACUAAUCUCAAACUACAGUUUUCUUCAAGCAUUAAACUGUUUUUGCUCCUACCUUUCCUGAUAUUACAGCCCAAAGGAGUGUUAAAACAAGUCUUCUCACCUUUAAUGGAAAGACAACUCCAGUACUCUUAUUUUACUACCGAAAUUAUUUUAGAGGAAUUUUUUUGUAUAGGCAGAGUCUAGUCUGAUGUAUUUCAACAAAGCUGUGUAUUUUUUUCCCUUGUAACUUUGCUGUCGUACUAAACUUUUUUUUUUUUAAUAAUUUUAUUUGUAAUCAUCCACAUUUCACAAAAAUUAACUAUUUUUUGGCCUUUAAUAAUUUUGAUCCCCCCAUUCCGUAUAAGUGUUGUCUUUUUAAUUUUAUUUUUAAUGCUUUAAAAGUGCAGCCCUUGACUGGUCAGGGAAAAAACACGUUUAGAAUAGAAAUGCCCUUAGAUUGAUAAUGUUUACUGUGUGCAGUAUCCUCCUUUUUUUUUUUUUUUUUCUUUAACAAAUUACAAACACUACUUAAAUCAAUUUAGAGCUGCUGUGUAUAUUCUGAAAUGCACACACCUUCUAAAUGAAUCUCCUAAGAUGUUGAGUUGUUGAGUGAUUGUAUGGUGUUGUGGGGUAUGUGUGAGUCAGGUCUGCACCUUUAAAGUUGAUCAGGUUUUAGCCACUAUUAAAAUUAGCCAUUUUCUAUCUUUCCAUCUGUGUUUAUUAACGCUCAGGCUGUAUAAUAGACAUUAGCCAUUACCUAUAAACCUGCACUUUGGGUUCCUUAAAGCUCUGUUAGUUUAAUAUCACACUUUUUACAGAUACUUCCAUGGACAGGAAUCUCUGGUCACAUUGUCUGGUUGUCCUGUUGUCCCCAGCCAUUUCAUUGUUAUUAAGUAUUUUGAUCCUAGGGCUAUAAUUUUGCUACAAGGGUCUUGGGCUUGCAUGUACACAAUUUUUGGAGAGAUUCAUUUACAAAAAUAAGUGAAAAAUACUCAAAAAUCAGCCUCUUGGAUAUAAAGACAGAUUUGUUUAUUUGAUUCUUGUAGUACAAGACCUAAUAAAUGUUUACUGUAAACUCCA